AUGCCAAUCGCAAUCGUGACAGGUGCGAGUAGGGGUAUAGGUAGAGCAAUUGCCUUACAAUUGGCCGAGGAUGGCAUGGACCUUGGUAUCAAUGACAUUCAAGCACAAUCGGCAGAUUUGGAAAAUGUAAAAAAGGAGAUUGAGAAAAAAGGUCGUCGAGCGAAAUGUGUCAUAGGAGAUGUGACUCAAGAGAAGGAUGUACAAGGAUUGGUGGCCACUGUCGUCCAAGAGUUUGGAGAGUUGAAUGUCAUGAUUGCAAACGCAGGUAUCAUUGUGACAAAAACACUUCUCGAAGUCAGUGUGGAAGAAUGGGAUAGAGUCAUGGCAGUCAAUGUUCGUGGUGUGAUGUUAUGUUAUCGUGAAGCAGCGAAACAAAUGAUCAAUCAAGCCAAGGGAGGAAAGAUUGUCGGUGCCUGUUCAACCGCUGGACAUAGACCGUCUGGAGCUGGAGUCAUUGCGUACGGGACCAGUAAAUGGGCAGUUCGAGGUCUCACCCAGGCCACCGCGGUAGAACUGGGACCACAUAACAUCAAUAUGUGGGACAAGAUCGCCCAGAAUGUCUCGGAAAAGACUGGAGUGACACCACAGGAAGCCUUCAGUAAUUCGAUCAAUACUAGAACUUCCUUGAAACGCCAUACGGAACCCGAGGAUAUUGCGAAUCUCGUCAGUUUCCUUGUGAGCCCAAAAGCAAGAAACAUCACAGGUCAGGCCGUGAUUGCGGAUGGAGGUAGGACUGUUAUGCUCAGUGGUUACCUUGUUUUUAUUGUGUGCUAA